GCCGGUUUUCCUUUCUUCUUCUUUUUUCUCUCUUUUUCUUCUUUCUUCCUUUGCCUGUCUAUUUCACACGCUUGUUUAACGGGUGAUUCAUCUUUUUUAUAUAUAUAUUGCCUCUCUUUCUCUUGAUCCACUUGCCAUCUUUGAAUCUACGUCAGUUAUAAAAAUAAAAAAAAAGAGGGAGCAAGGAAGCCACAUGGUGUACUAUCACUCCUCUUCCAGUAACUCUUCCAAUUCCCUCUCUUCCUCUAAUUACCGUUCUUCCUCUUCUACUUCGCUCCCGUUGGAGGAAGACUCCGAAGACGAUUAUCCCGAUCAAGAAGAGAUGGAUUACUGGCUCCAGCGUUGCUCCAUCUGCUUCGAAGCCCGACUGGAUUUAUGCCUCGAAUUAUGCAGAGAUCAAUACUGUCUCGAAUGCUUUCAACGGUACAUUUCGGAAGUGGUAAAGACAUCAUGGGGCCUCAGUGUGACUACGAUCAGGUGCCCCGUUUGCCAUGACAGCAUUCCGCAACGAGAAUGGAGCAAAUUCGUCCCCAGAAGCAUCGUCGAACAGUACAAUAGAUUUAAUCAACCUUACCGCAGCUUUUCACGAUGCUGUCCAAAAUGUCAAACCGAACUCGUCCCUUGCAAACAUAAAGACAAGAUAACGCAAACCACCCUGCAAAUUCCUGCUUUGAUCAGAGAUUUUCUCACGUUGCAGGCCGGAAACGCUCAUCAUCCGCAUUAUCGUCAAUUGUCUGCGGUGAUGUCGACGUUUGAAAGGCAGGAAUGGACUCCGACAUCCAUGAUCGAGAUUUAUCAGCAAACCAUCAUGUCUCUCCAAUAUUUGGAAGGACUCACCAGUUCCAAACUGCGCCGUUCUCACACCAUCUCUCAACACAUCCUUUCGCUCGAUAUGAAACCCGAUCUUUGGAGACAACUCCAGUUUCUGCACAUUGGGUUUUUCCCAGUCAUGGAUUGUUCAGCGUGUCACACCAGCGUCUGUUUACAAUGUGGAAAUGAAUCGCAUUUCGGCGAUACCUGUGAAGCAUCGAUGAAACGAAUCAUCCGAGAAAAGCGAUAUCCAAAAGAUGUUAUUGCGACCAUGAAGUGGGAGUUAAAGCAUAGCCAACGUUGUCCCAAUUGUUCCAUUAUGAUUAAUCGGGAUGAAGGUUGCAACAAGGUCGACUGCUCGUUAUGCGGCUUUUGCUUCUGCUGGGCUUGUCGAUCACCGUGGUCCGAGAAGUGCGGUUUUUACCAUUGUGCUGCCAAAGGAUUGAACCCACCAGAUUUGUAUAUGAACGACACCAAAAUGCCAGAAAAGACCGAAUUAGGUGUACCCAAUGUCUCAAAAAUCGAAGAACGAUUCACGCAUAUGGCUUGAACAACUAGUCCCAUUCCUCAUUCCUUCUAUAGCAAACUUCAUUAUUAUUACUACUACGACCAUCUUUCGCUCACAAUGUGUCUUUCCCAUCAUUUCCAAACCGCCAUGAAACCAUUUUACUGUUGACAGUCAAUAAAAAGAAAAAACGAAAAAUGAAUAGGAAUAGGAAUACUAUCGGUCAACUAAUUUAUUGCAUUGAUUUCUUUGCAAAACCGCGUGGUAGAAUCAACCAAGUGGGAAUGAUUUUUACCGUUUUUUAGUGUCAUCUGCGAUGCGCAUCCAUUUUUAUGCUUGUUUGGCCACCAUGGGCUUUAGGUCCAUAUCCCAAAAUCCCAAUUCACUGCAUGACAUCAAAAAUGCUUGGCUUGCCUCAUGUGUGGCGGCAAAAGGUUGUACACAUUUGCGAGUGGCAUCCAAUGAAAAUUGAGUGUGGAUACUGCUGAGAUCGGCACUUUUCCUUUCUCAAGGUUAGGCCCAAAAAAGGAUCCGACG